UAGAGGGAAAGGGUAUUUGUGUCUGUGCUGAGGAAAAGAUCAAGAAGCUCACUCACCAUUGGACAUCAAAGAAUCAAUGCAGGUUGAACUUCAAGAUGUCCCUUGGGAGAGAUAUGGAGCUGGAGCAUUUUGAUGAGCGUGAUAAAGCGCAGAGAUAUGGCAGAGGGUCCCGGGUAAAUGGUUUACCCAGCCCUACUCACAGUGCCCACUGCAGCUUUUACCGAACCCGUACUCUACAGACCCUGAGUUCCGAGAAAAAAGCCAAGAAAGUUCGUUUCUAUCGUAAUGGAGACCGGUAUUUCAAAGGGAUUGUUUAUGCCAUCUCCCCUGACCGGUUUAGAUCCUUUGAAGCUCUCCUGGCUGAUCUGACCCGAACUCUGUCCGACAAUGUGAAUCUGCCCCAGGGAGUGAGAACAAUCUACACAAUUGAUGGCUCCAAGAAGAUUACCUCCUUGGACCAGCUAGUAGAAGGAGAAAGUUAUGUAUGUGGUUCCAUAGAACCCUUCAAGAAACUGGAGUACACAAAGAAUGUAAACCCAAACUGGUCAGUGAAUGUUAAGACAACUUCUACUUCUCGUUCAGUGCCAUCUCUUGCCACUGCUAAAGGAGGUGCUCCAGAUGCAAAAGAGAAUAAGGAUUUCAUUAGGCCUAAACUAGUCACUAUCAUCAGGAGUGGAGUGAAGCCACGGAAAGCAGUCCGGAUUCUGCUCAACAAGAAGACAGCACAUUCGUUUGAACAGGUUCUUACUGAUAUAACUGAUGCCAUCAAGCUGGAUUCAGGAGUGGUUAAACGCUUAUACACACUAGAUGGAAAACAGGUGAUGUGCCUUCAGGAUUUUUUUGGCGAUGAUGACAUUUUUAUUGCAUGUGGACCAGAAAAGUUCCGUUACCAGGAUGACUUCUUGUUGGAUGAAAGUGAAUGUCGGGUGGUGAAAUCCACUUCCUAUACCAAAAUAGCAUCGACUUCACGUAGGAGCACCACCAAAAGCCCAGGCCCAUCCCGACGCAGCAAGUCUCCAGCUUCUACUAGCUCAGUAAAUGGAACCCCUGGUAGCCAGCUUUCUACUCCCCGCUCUGGGAAGUCUCCAAGCCCAUCUCCCACCAGCCCAGGAAGCCUACGGAAACAGAGGAGCUCCCAACACAGUGGCUCCUCUACCUCAUUAGCAUCCACCAAAGUUUGCAGCUCUAUGGAUGAAAAUGAUGGACCUGCAGAAGAAGUGUUGGAGGAAGGUUUCCAGGUUCCAGCAUCGAUAGCAGAGCGAUAUAAAGUUGGAAGGACUAUAGGAGAUGGAAAUUUUGCUGUUGUGAAGGAGUGUAUAGAAAGAUCAACUGGUAGAGAAUAUGCUCUGAAAAUAAUCAAAAAGAGUAAAUGUAGAGGAAAAGAACACAUGAUCCAGAAUGAGGUAUCUAUUUUAAGACGAGUCAAGCAUCCCAAUAUUGUACUUCUAAUUGAGGAGAUGGACAUGCCAACUGAGUUGUACCUUGUCAUGGAACUUGUAAAGGGAGGAGAUCUUUUUGAUGCUAUUACUUCCACCAACAAAUACACAGAGCGGGAUGCCAGUGGAAUGCUUUACAAUCUGGCCAGUGCCAUCAAAUAUCUUCACAGCCUGAACAUUGUCCACAGGGAUAUCAAGCCGGAGAAUCUACUGGUUUAUGAACACCAAGAUGGAAGCAAGUCCCUUAAGUUAGGGGACUUUGGCCUAGCAACAAUAGUGGAUGGACCUUUAUAUACUGUUUGUGGGACCCCAACAUAUGUAGCUCCAGAAAUCAUCGCUGAAACUGGAUAUGGCUUGAAGGUGGACAUCUGGGCAGCGGGUGUGAUUACUUACAUCCUGCUCUGUGGUUUUCCUCCAUUCCGUGGAAGUGGAGAUGACCAAGAAGUACUUUUUGAUCAGAUUUUGAUGGGACAGGUGGAUUUUCCAUCUCCAUAUUGGGAUAAUGUUUCUGACUCUGCAAAGGAACUUAUCACAAUGAUGCUUCAAGUAGAUGUAGAUCUGCGGUUCUCAGCCUUGCAAGUUCUUGAGCAUCCAUGGGUUAAUGAUGAUGGCCUUCCAGAGAAUGAACAUCAGCUCUCAGUAGCUGGGAAGAUAAAGAAGCAUUUCAACACAGGCCCUAAGCCGAACAGCACAGCAGCUGGAGUUUCUGUCAUAGCACUGGACCACGGGUUUACCAUCAAGAGAUCAGGGUCUUUGGACUACUACCAACAACCAGGAAUGUAUUGGAUAAGACCACCGCUCUUGAUAAGGAGAGGCAGGUUUUCCGACGAAGACGCAACCAGGAUGUGAGGGGACGUUAUAAGGCACAACAAGCUCCACCUGAACUCAACUCCGAAUCGGAAGAUUAUUCACCAAGUUCAUCCGAGACUGUUCGCUCACCUAACUCACCCUUUUAAUAAAACACUUUUACUCAAAAGUCUUGGCUUUAACCCUUUGAGACCCUGAAACUUCUUCAGACCUGUGUGGAAUGAUUACAACUGAUCUAUCCAGCAGUAUACGCUGGGAUGGUGGAAUGCAAAAGGGUGCUCACAGAAUCUUUGUAAGAAUAAUUUCCUAAUUGAUUGAAAUACUUGUUCUCUGUUUAGAUUGCAACUUGCUGCUAAUAUGAUCCUCAAAGGGUUAAGGCUAUUUUGCUUUUUUAUUUAAAGAUAGAAGCAGUGAAUGUUUUCAUCAGUGGAGCUAGGAACUGCAGUAUGUAAUUUUAGCACAUGUUAACCCUCUGAGUAAACGAUCAACUUAAAUCUUGACAACCCACAUUAGGGUUUUAUUCUGGCUUUUUUGCUUUUAUACGCACAUAUCUUUUAUAGUAUCCUGAAGUUCCUUGCCUGUUUCUGGCCAAAAAUAUAUCAAAUGUACUAUUGCUUAGGAGUUACAGAUAUAGGCUUAAAAAUGAAAAUAAAAUUAAACAAAUGGUAUCUUCUACAGCAGCUCAUUGUACUUCCACAGUGACUGUUAUUGGAAGACAUUAUGCGGGCUAAAUGGGAAAUUCAGUUUAGGGCAUCCUCAUGGUUUACAGAAGAUGACAUGAUGCUGGCCACAAAAGGUUGCUUCCAUAUAGUUUUCUCCUAAUGACAAUGUUGAGUCUUGGAAAGUGGCUUGAGGACACGUUCUGUCAUGUAACAGUAUGUAAUGAUCUAGUUGAGAAGUUCCUGUUUCCUUUGAGCCACAUUCCGAAAUGUACAGGCAUCCUCUCAGCACAACCUCGUUAUUCUAGCAGUCAUUUUAAAGGAUUAACAUUGAUGAAUGGAAGAACUACCCUUAAAAUAGCUAGAGUACUUCUAAAUCAGGGAAAAGACAAGUAAUUUAAUAUAUGUGUAAACCCUAAACUGAAUUAGCAGAAGUUUUGUGUUAGAAUGGAGAAACUAAAAAUGAUUCACCAGUUCUAUUUGUAAUAUUUAAUAAAAUGGGUAUUUACACAGAGUGUAUAUAUAUUUCUAGUUUGUUAAAACCUCAACACAGCAUUAUAGCUUUUUAUUUGACCAUUAUCCUAAAGGUGGCUUCUAUAAAAAUAGCACACUGUGUAGACUUUUGCUUCAGAUGUGAUAAUUUGAAGAAAAAAAUUACCUGGCUCAGAAUUUCACUUGAAUGAAAAAGGCAACUUUCAAAAUCAUGUUCUAAAAUAAAAAAUAGCAUUGUGAAAUUUAUAGUUUCUCUUAUUACUCAUAUAAAAUAGAAUUUUUCUCCUCUAAAGUUAGUUUUCUCACAGUGUUUUUUAAAAGUCACAUAAAUGUGGUUUCCUCUCUCUUUCUUUCUUCCUUUCAUAUCAUACAGCUCAAAGUAUCAAUAUGCUCCCUAAAAUGAUAUGCAGUUUUUCUGAUCUUUCUGGGAAACAUAAAUAAAUUUUGCAGAAACAAGGCUAGUUGCCCACAGUAUUGUUCCCAUUGUGAGUUGUGUUUGCUCAUGGAACUGUCCAUAUGGCAGCAAAUGUGCACCUGCAAGUUGUUGGAGCUAGUGUAAAGCUCUUUUGCACUUCUAGUUGGAACUAUCUAGUUGGAAGUUGAACUGUAUUUCAAGAAACACUGGAAUUCUGUUUUUCCAUCCUACAAAGUGCAUCUUUCAUUACCUCAGACAUGAAAAUUUAUAUAUUAAAAACUUGGAAUAUUUUAAACACAGGAAUUUCGUCUUGUGAACCUUCACACAAGUGGUACAAGUAGCUAAUAUAUUUUUUUUAAUUCACCCAAUAUUAAAAAGCUAGAAGUGAGAUGCUUAGUUGAAACUAGUUCUCCAGGCUUCCUUGGCAAUAUAGAGAGAUGAACAUUCCAGGUUUGAUUCAUUUCACCUGUCAUGGGCAUGAAUUUUAAGCAGGACUCACAUUUUAAUUAACCGAUUUGUCUCACUACAUUGACUGUAGAAGGAACUGCUAGUGGAAGCUUACAUCAGACACCAAAUUUCAGGUUAUGAGUUUAGUGGCAAGUCAUCUAAGUCAUCAGGAAACUCUGAUCUCUGAAUGCAUGUCCAUGGGCAGAAGGCCUGUGCAUGGCUUCAUUACUCUGUCUGGAACCUGAAUAACAGCAUCUUAACCCAAGUGAAGCAAAUAAGCACCUUGUUGGAGAAUUCCACUGGGGCAGAAGGUUAAGGGACCAAGGAACUGCCAUACAAAUGCUCUAAGAUUUUAGUUUUUGGGAAAGGGCUAUGUCUGUUUGAGAUCCUUGACUAUGACCAUCCAACCCUAGUCGCAUUGAAGAGAGAAGAUGCUGAGUAGAUGGGGCACAACCACUGCCAUUGUAAUGUUAAUGGUUGUAAUUAGGUAACAUUUGGAUAGGAGAGGGAUUAUUUUUCCAUAGGAUCAAACCCUCAGCCAAGGUAAAGCCUUCCUUGACACUUACCUACACUAAUUUACAGUAGGUCAGGAUCUGGCAUACAUUUUUCCAGUGCUGGCCUUCCCACAUUAUAUAACAGCCUUCCCUUUAGAAGAGAUACAAUUCAGCCAUGUAAUGCAAGACAUACAUGUGGUAAUAAAAAAGCAUCCAUUAAUACCACAUGCUCCUUGUCUAUUGCAAAAAUUUGGCAGCCUUAAAGCAAAGGAUGAUGUUCAUUCUUCUUAAUUAGAGAGGGAAGUCAGGAGAAAAAAAAAUAUAAAAAUAUGCUUCACUUUAUGCAUGAGAAAUAUUAUUCAAAAGGCCAUCUAGGAUAUUCCUAUGAACUUUGCUUUGCUUUGGAAUACAGGAUUAUCAUUAAAAUGUUUGGUUCCUUCAUCUUGCACCAUCUUGUACUACUUAAAAUGUAUAUAAAAAAAAUCCUAGAUCUUGAAAAUCCGACUCAUACCCAACAUCUUAUAUGUUUCUGAUCUUUCGUUCAUGUUUUAUGAACAUAACUAUAAAAAUAUUUUUUAGUUAUUUUUAGGUCUGUGAGAGACUGGGUUUCAAAAUAUUGAUAGCUUAUUUUAGGCUUCAAGAAAAGGUAUCUGAAUAUUUGAACUGUUUUAAAAGACUUUCAAUGAUAGGUUUAAAUAUAUCCAUAUACCCAUAUAUAUUUUUUUUAAUAUAACCAUAUAUAUGUAUAUGUAUGUAUGGUUUCAUGGAAGUAAUAAUGACUUAAGCUUGUUUGGCAAUGACUGCCCUUUCUUUCAAUCUAACCUCUGAAUUCCUGGGGGUAAGUGAAGACAGAAUAUAUGACCCUAAAAAAUAUUUGCAACACCAAUGAAAAAAAGAAAUCAAACAUAAUAGGCUAUUUCUAAUGUGAUAAUCUGGGAGAGCACAUAGCACACUGUGGUCUUUUUACUGUAAUAUGUACCAGUCCUUCUGACUUCUUUCUUCAUUUCCCUUUUGAAUUUUUAAGCAUUGUAUUGCUGCUAAAUGUAGCAACAAUUGCUUUUUUUCGUGCUUGUUAUAUAUACAAGACCAACUUCCUCCCACUAAGCCUGGGUAGUUAGCAGAGACGGAUGGCACUUGUGGUAGGCACCAUCUAUCACCGAGGAGAUGGAGAGGAACACCUCCAAAGGGUGAUUCAGGUCAUCUAAUGUUUCAUCUCUGGAGAUGCCUGACAGUUUGAUCUUAGUAUUAACAGGAAAGUAGACUAGGGUCACUUCCAGAUUAAUUCCUCUCAAUUAAAUAUAAGCAGGGAUAACAUGGACUCCAACCUAAGUGCAAUAUUCUAGUGAGUUUACAUGCAGUGAGCAAACUUUGAUGUGAAAAUAUAGUACUGAUAGCACAGGAUUAGUUGAAUAGUGGUGAACUGGGAGUUGUUUUAUCUAAUUUCAUCCAUCUAGGAGUUUAGCAUCUAAUCUAGGGCAAUAAUCUAAAUUUCCCUUAUAGGUGCUAGAGACUGCUUCUCUAACGGAUAAUUAAAAUUCUAGGAUGGAUUAAUCACUCACCAGAUGAUGGGCCUAGCCUAAAUGUAUUUAGAACAUGAUUUAUUAAGCCAUGACAUAUAAAUUAGUAUUUCUGUAAGUUACAAUUUUCAUAGCAUUAUUAUACAAAAAAUCCAGAAUAUUAUGGUUCUACUCAGAGGGUUAACAGAAAAGCACUAGGCAUGCUGAUUACAUUGGUGUAUCCAAACUGCUUUGCUUUUUUAGCCAGUGUUUGCUGAUUUUUUCAGAAAAUUCUUGAAAAAUUUCAAGUUUGAAAUUAUUUAAGUGUUGUUGUUUAAGGAAUUUCUAUAACCAAAUUAAUCUUAUUUUUAGCUCAACUUAUCACAGGAAUAAUAUGUAUCAUUGAUGCAGUGUAAGUCUGUAGUUAUCAAUUUUAUUAAUUCCACAAGUGAUUCCAGAAAUCUCUCUUUUUUUAAGUACUUACUAUAGAGCUUACUAUGGUGGCAUAGGUGACUGAGACUGUCUUUCUUAUUGGUAAACAAACAAUAUUGUAAUUUCAAGAAAGUCCUAGGAAUCAGCUUUUCAGUUAGGUAGUGUACUAGUUAGGGGAAAGCUAUCUCAUUACAUGCAUUGUGUAAAUCAUCUUUGUAGAUGAAGAUUGUUCAUAUUAAUGAACACAUUCUUUUUCCUUGACAUUGUAGCAGAAACUGUUUACUUGUUUAAGAACAACCAAUACAUUAAUUUGCUUCAGACUGUUAGAGGGGAAAGUGAGAUUCCAGUCAUUGACAAUGUUACUGCGUUACAGUAGCCCUCAUCUAAUUUAAAUGUGGUGCAUACUACAAUAAGGAAAGCCAAACCUGUGAAUAAACUCCUGAAAAAGC